AUGUCUCGGGUUUUAUGCCUUUUAGCGGUAGUCGUGGGGCUCGUUCUUUGCCACGUGUCACCUCCAAUGGUUAAUGGAAGACCGAGAGAGGGAUUGGUAGCCAGUGCUUCUGAUCCAGAAGGCCCAGUAUCAGAAGAUAAAUAUAUGGUUUAUUCGGAAAUCGAUCAAGUUGUUGAUCACUUUUCAAACACUACAUCUGCCACGUGGAGACAGCGUUACCAGUAUAAUUCGAAGUUCUACAACAAAACAGUCGGAUAUGUAUUCCUAAUGCUAGGAGGAGAAGGAUCAAUAAACGGAACAAAUGGAGACAAAUGGGUUCGUCACGAAGCAGAAACUAUGAUGGUUUGGGCUGCUGAAUUCGGCGCAGGUGCAUUCCAAGUGGAACAUCGAUUCUACGGAUCGAAAGGAUUCUCUCCAAUUGGAGAUCAAACAACUGAAAGUUUGAAACUUUUGACAAUUGAUCAGGCUCUGGCUGAUAUCAAAGAAUUCAUCAAUCAAAUGAAUGCAUUGUAUUUCCCACUUGACAAACCAAUUUGGAUUACUUUCGGAGGAUCUUACCCUGGAUCUUUGUCUGCUUGGUUCAGGGAAACAUAUCCAGAAAUGACAGCCGGAGCUGUUUCUUCUUCGUCAGCUGUCCACGUGUUUGUUGAUUAUUAUGGAUAUGCAAUCAACACUGAAAAGACUUACCGUACUGUUAGUGAUUCAUGUGGAGAUGUUAUCAAGACUGCCUUUCAACAAAUGCAAAAGAAAGCAUAUAAUGGACCAGAUAGCAGAGAGCUUCUCAAGAAAACAUUCAAUCUGUGUGAUAGCUUCGAUGAAAACAACCUCUCGAAAUCAAUCCAAUUCUUCUUCCAAAACGUUUAUGGAUAUUUCCAAGGAAUCAAUCAAUACACUGGAGACAAUAGAAAUAACGCGACAAGAAGUGGAUUGGGAGUUCCAGGAGCAUGUAAUAUUCUCAACAAUGCUACUCUUGGAGAUGAAAUUACCAGAGUUGUCGCUGUGAUGGACUGGUACGAUUCAUGGGGUUCCCCUGGAUGCAGACCCAACAGUUACACAUCAUUCAUCAAAUAUUACUCUGAUACAACAAUGCCAGAUGAUGACAGAAUUAGCACUCGUAGUUGGAUUUGGCAGACUUGUACUGAGCUUGGUUAUUAUCAGACAACAGAUGGAGGAAACGGAGGCAUUUUCGGAUCAACCGUACCACUUGAUUUCUUCGCUGACCAAUGCAUUGAUCUAUUUGGCCCUGAAUACACUCUUGACAACACAUUCAAACUGAUUGAUCAAGUUCGUACGAAAUACGGAGGAGCUGAUGCAUACAGAGGAACGAAUGUGUGUUUCCCGAAUGGAUCAUUCGAUCCAUGGCAAGAUUUGGGUCACAAGGCGAACAAUACGAAUAACAACGUUGACUCGUGGUUGAUUGAUGGAACAGCUCACUGUGCAGAUAUGUAUCCAGCAAGAGAUUCUGAUAAACAAUCAUUGAAAGAUGCAAGAAGAAGGAUUCAUGAUCAUUUGUCCAGAUGGCUUUCAGAUGCGCAAGCUAUCAGACAAGGAAAUUCUGGUUCCACCAACUUCUCCAUCUUUACAGUAACGCUACUCAUCGUCGCCAAGAUCUUGUUUUAG